UGUAAUGGCAGAAGAAGAUAUCUAUACCAAGGAUGGAACGACCAACUUCCGAAACAAACCGGCCAUCAAGAACAAGACCGGGACAUGGAAAGCAUGCCCUUACAUCCUUGGAAAUGAAUGCUGUGAAAGAUUGGCUUACUAUGGGAUUAACACAAACCUGGUUAACUAUCUGAAAUUCCAACUCAAUCAACGAAAUGUUGCAGCCGUUAGUAAUGUCAUGAAUUGGUCGGGAACAUGCUAUGUCAUGCCGCUAAUUGGAGCGUUCCUAGCCGAUGCGUAUUUGGGACGAUACUGGACGAUCGCUAGUUUCUCCAUCAUCUAUGUUUUUGGCAUGACAAUACUAACAUUGUCAGCAUCUAUUCAUGGCCUAAAACCGACAUGCGACGAGAACAACGUUUACCAUCCUACACGACUGCAAACUGGUGUGUUUUUUCUUGGGCUAUACUUGAUAGCCCUUGGUACUGGAGGGAUUAAGCCCUGUGUUUCAUCCUUCGGUGCCGAUCAGUUUGACGAUUCCGAUGAGACUGAAAAGAAAAAGAAGAGUUCAUUCUUCAAUUGGUUCUAUUUUUCGAUUAAUAUCGGUGCCCUUGUAGCUUCUUCGGUUCUUGUCUGGAUACAAACCAACGUAGGAUGGGCUUGGGGGUUUGGCAUUCCGGCAGUUGCUAUGGCUAUUGCUGUUGCAAGUUUCUUUUCAGGUACAAGGUUGUAUAGAAACCAGAGACCAGGAGGGAGUCCCCUUGCUCGAAUCUGCCAAGUUAUUGUUGCUUCCUUCAGGAAAGUUCGAGUUGAAGUACCCGAUGACAAGUCUUUUUUAUACGAGACUACAGACGAGGAAUCUACGGUCAGAGGAAGCCGAAACCUUGAUCAUACAAAGCAGUUAAGUUUCUUUGACAAGGCAGCUGUGGUGUCAUCAUAUGAUCAAAUCAAAGGUUCUAUAAAUCCAUGGAGGCUUUGCACUGUGACACAAGUUGAAGAACUUAAAUCCAUCAUAAGAUUACUUCCUAUAUGGGCAACAGGCAUUAUAUUUUCAACUGCAUACAGUCAAAUGGGCACAUUAUUUGUGCUGCAAGGCAACACUAUGGACCUUCACAUGGGAGGAUCAUUUGAGAUACCUUCAGCAUCACUGUCUCUCUUCGAUACAAUCAGCGUCAUCUUCUGGGUUCCAGUCUACGACCGUCUCAUUGUUCCAUUAGCACGAAAGUAUACCGGCCAUAAAAAUGGAUUCACUCAACUUCAACGUAUAGCAAUCGGCCUCAUCAUCUCAAUCUUUGCCAUGAUAUCUGCAGGCACGUUGGAGCUCGUUAGACUCCGUGCAGUGAAGAAGCACAACUAUUAUGAACUGAAGCAUAUGCCGAUCUCGAUCUUUUUCCAGGUUCCACAAUACUUCAUAAUAGGCUGUGCGGAAGUUUUUACGUUCAUUGGGCAGUUGGAGUUCUUUUAUGAAGAAGCUCCAGAUGCCAUGAGAAGCCUGUGCUCUGCCCUUUCCCUAUCAACAGCUGCAUUAGGGAACUAUUUGAGCACAUUCCUUGUUAAUAUAGUGGCAGAUUUAAGCACCAGGGAUGGUAAUCCUGGGUGGAUACCAGAUAACUUGAACUAUGGGCAUCUCCAUUAUUUCUUCUGGCUUUUGGCUGUGUUGAGUGUGAUCAAUAUGGGUGUUUAUGUUAUGGUUGCUAGGUGGUAUUCUUACAAGAAGACGAUUGCAUAAUAA